UUCGCUCAAAAAUGCAUUGUAUACGUGGAACCUUGAUUUCAGUGUGCCGUUUACGAACAUUUUGGCCGCUUAACAUUGUCAGCGAGUCUUUGGCUUUGCGAGCGUAACCUGAAAAGACCCCCUCGGAGCCUCAGUUAACACUCGCGCGCGCGUUGUUGUGCGUUUCCUAUAACAACAUCAGCAUAGACUACAGAUAACCUCGGAUAGGCAUUAGCAAUUCAGAUCAACAAGUGAAAACUUUUCCAAAGAAUUUAAGGAACAUCACAACAGGUGCGUCCAAAGUAAAUGCGCAAGAUUCCUAGCAGACCGAUCCUCUUCGCACAGAUCUGUAAGACGACGGAGCUCCCUGUGAAGACAACACGUGAAACAUCAGAUAAGCAGAUCCUGGACACUUUAUUGUCGUUUGGACAACAGUAGAAAUCUGUCAAGACAACCAUGGCAAAUUAUGAUGUUAACAGAAGAUGGGAACCAUAUGAGACCUCUCAUAAAAGAGAUUUCAUCUAUAGACCCAUCUCAUCUAUUCCAACUCUAAGGCCAAAAACAUCUGGCAAUAUCUAUAGAAAUUCAUACACACUGGAUGAUCCGGUGGGAUCAACUGCAUACAAUGAAGAUUUCUGCUGGAAGCCUGUGUCAAAGACUGCUUGCAUAAGGUCUGCCACAGCAUCAGGAAACCGAAGAAACAAUCCACACCCAAGCCAGGCAUUCAUUGUAUGGAGGCAUUCUGCAGAUCAAAUGAAAUGUUUUAGUGGUAGAUCCCCUCUUCAGCACCCUUUGACUGAGAAGGAAAUCCAAAAGGCUCUGAGUGCCCAGUACAGGUCGACCUACAGGACUGACUUUCUUGGAUUGCCUCAAGGAAUGAUGAAAAACCAUGCGAUCUUUACAGCUUUUAACCGUAGCCAUGCUGUCCACAACUAUACCCAGACUGAAAUGAGACACAACUACUGCCCACCCAAACUGAAACUUGAGCUUCUGGGGAACAACUCUCGCUAUGGGUGCAAUAAGCUGCAUGGUGUAGCAGCGAGGGGUAUUGUUCCUACAGUGAUUCACAGUCACAUCAAUAACCUGGAAAACAGCAAACUGGAGACCACCUACAAUAAACAUUUUGGAGAAAAGAAGGAUGUGAAAGCAUUGCACAUAACCAGCCACUCUGCCGAUGGAUAUAAGGUGAAGAAGAAGAAUGGUUUAUUGGUGCAAACCCCUUCCACACUGGAAAGGAUGUCAGCUUGGCCUGGACCUUUAUAAAGAUGCCAUUUUGAAGCAUAAAAAGCUAUUUGAAUAUGUGUGCAUUUUUUAGGCUUCUGAUUUUCUUCCAAAAGAACGUACAUUGCUACUUUUAUGAAACGGCCUUUAUGCGUCUUCGAAUGGUGUGCUUAAUAAAACACUGAAAGUAAACUGAUAAUAGGCAUAAAUCAUUUUUUACUAUAUGCAGUUCAUUUUUCUGGGAUUUGUUCAAGCCUCAUUUGGCAAAAACAGAUACAUAAAAUUGUUCAUUAUUUGUCUCUUGGGAAUAAUAAAUCUCUUAAGGGUUUAUUGGUUCUAAGAAUAGAUAUUUUAAGUUUUCCUUCAAAGUAAGUAGCACAGAUAUCUCACUGAUUAAGUCUAAAUUUACUGAAAAACUAAGACUUGAAGAGUUUAGAAGAAAAUAUAUUUUUUUAACAUGAUCAAAUUUGGUAUUAGAUGUGGCUCUCGGCACCAUUAUA